AUUGGUUUGAAAGGCGGAGAAAAUGACAUCACCAACAUAUACUCUUUUAUGCAUAGGAUCAUUCAUGUUCUUACUAUGUUUCAGCAUUGGCUUUGGUCGCAAGAACCUAGAAGAUAAGCUCAGUGACACUCUAUUUGCCCCCAAACAUGUUGAAGAAACGGAGCUUAGAGCCGCUUUGAUUACUAAUACCGAAGCUAGAGACAUUUCAAGAAGUAUUGGUUUGGGAGAGGUUGGAAGUCAAGAGAUGCAUCACAUUUACAUAGAAACAAGUAAAGAUUCGAGUUUCGGAAAUAAACAAGACAAUAUAAACUCUGUGCCUAAGAAGAUUAUAAGGGGUACCGUUUCCAUUUCAUUCUCAUUUCCUAUCAUCAAGAUUCAGGUUCCUAUUCCGAAGCCAAAUAUUACGGUGGCUGCCGUAAACGAACUCAAUGAAGGCAUUGUCAUAACUCCAACGAAAACUAAUGAGUUUGGUAUUUCCCUUGCAAAUGACGGUGCAGAGGUGGAGAAAAUGACAAUACCAACAUAUAACCUUUUAUGCAUAGGAUCAUUCAUGUUCUUACUAUGUUUCAGCAUUACCUUUGGUCGCAAAAACCUACAAGACAAGUUCGGUGGCACUCUAUUUUCUCCCAAACCUGUUGAAGCAACCGAGUUUAGAGCCGCUUUGGCUACUAAUACCGAAGCUAGAGACAUUUCAAGUAAUAUUGGUUUGGGAGAGGUUGGAAGUCAAGAGAUGCAUCACACUUACAUAGGAAGAGGUGAAGAUUCGAGUCUUGGAAGUAAACAAGACAAUAUAAACUCUAUGCCUAGGAAGGUUAUAAGGGGCAUCGUUUCCAUCUCAUUCUCAUUUCCUAUCAUCAAGAUUGGGGUUCCUAUUCCGAAGCCAAAUAUUACGGUGGCUGCCAUAAACCAAUUCAACGAAGAAGAGAUGAUUAAAGGCAUCGUCAUAACUCCAACGAAGACUAAUGAGUUGUGUAUUUCCCUUGGAAAUGACGGUUUAGAGCUCUCAUAUAGCUAAAAACAAUCUCAAGAGCCGUAUAUCGAAGGCCCAUUGCUAACUUCCUAAGGGUUAUGCUGGAGAUUGAAGUUACUAUAAAACAUAUGACGAAUU